AUGGAGAUGGAGGACUGUGGGGGAGAGUGGGGGACUGUGGGGGACUGUGGGGGACUGUGGGGGAGAGUGGGGGAUUGUGGGGGACUGUGGGGGACUGUGGGGGACUGUGGGGGAGAGUGGGGGACUGUGGGGGACAGUGGGGGACUGUGGGGGAGAGUGGGGGACUGUGGGGGAGAGUGGGGGACAGUGGGGGAGAGUGGGGGACUGUGGGAGAGAGUGGGGGACAGUGGGAGAGAGUGGGGGACAGUGGGGGAGAGUGGGGGACUGUGGGGGAGAGUGGGGGACAGUGGGAGAGAGUGGGGGACAGUGGGGGAGAGUGGGGGACUGUGGGGGACUGUGGGGGAGAGUGGGGGAGAGUGUGGGUGA